AUGGCAAUGGACGCAUUAUCCAGCGCCCGGCGUAAACUAAACGAGGUUUUGGGUGAUAAAUCUACUAAAUAUUAUAAUCAUAUGAAGCAAUGGUUCCGUAUGAAGCUUACAAAGGAAGAGUUCGAUAUGGAAGCUCGAUCGAUGUUGUCCUCAGAACAAAUUCAUUACCACAACGAUUUUCUCCUCGCUUUGUUGAACAAGGUGGAAGGCUUGGCAGAAACUUCAAUAACUAUUGCCCAGGAGAAAGCCAGCUCACAUAAUAGAAAUAGUAGACGGCAUAAACGUACGUCACGGAUAUCUGAAAAGUCUAAUUUCGAGCCUGCAGACCUUUUGGACUAUUUGCCGCCUAACUCACCUCCAGGGGCUGGUAGCGAUGGGGUUAAAUAUGCAGCACAGGAAAUCUUUCUCCCUGACCAUGCUUUGGUUGUUGGGAGGUUUAUGCUAGCAGCCUGGGAACUAGGGCUAGAAGGUGCCGAUGAUGAAGCAGCAGAUCUCAUGGUAGUGGCAGUACAAAACUUUCUUAAAAAUGUAAUUAGUGCAGUCAUAUCCCAGCGGAAGGGAUACAAAUUGAGAAACAAGCACUUCAUGUAUGAUAUUGGUGCAGAUAUGCCUAACAUGUGGCUAAGAAGUGUGAAUAAACUCUAUGACCCUCAAAGCGAGGGUAGGGUAAAUGUAGAUGAGGGAACGGAUGGGUUAGGUCCAAGGUGCCCACCAACUAUUGAUGAAGUGGAACAUUCUGCUGCCUAUGAGAUUGCGUGCAGUGCACCAAAUGCUGAAGCAAAUGAUGAGAAACUAACAAUAGAUGAAUUUUACAACACGCUAUUAGUUCAUAAAAAUGUGAUAGCAUGUCAUUCUGUGUAUGCUGUUAACAUGGAGAGAUUAGCUGGAAUGCUCAAUCAUCCAAGCUAUUAA